UAUUCUGCCGCCACUGCACGCGGACUCGGAAUCGGACUCGUUUGUGAUUGUUUGCCUGCGCACUUAAUAUCAACACCACUCGUCUUCCAGCAAUCCUCAUAUCUGCGUUUUGUUCACCCAAAAUGGCGGAUUCACAGAACGACAAGCUUUAUAAAGCUGAGUAUGCAAAAAGUGGACGCGCUUCGUGUAAGAAAUGCAAAGAAAACAUUGCUAAGGACUCGCUGAGGAUGGCCAUCAUGGUGCAGUCGCCCAUGUUUGAUGGUAAAAUGCCCCAGUGGCAUCAUUUCUCCUGCUUCUGGCUCCGUGCGGCUGUGCAAUCGACUUCUGACAUCUCGGGCUUCACGGACCUGCGCUGGGAAGACCAGGAGAAAGUGAAGAAGGCCAUCGAAAGCGGAGGGUCUGUUGGAGGUAAAGCAGACCGUAAAGGAGCAGGUAAAGGAGAGAAGUCGCUGAAUGACUUUGCAGUGGAAUAUGCCAAGUCCAACAGGAGCACCUGCAAAGGCUGUGAUCAGAAAAUCGAAAAGGACCAGAUUCGCAUCUCGAAGAAAGCGGUGGACCCGGAGAAGCCUCAGCUGGGUCUGAUUGACCGCUGGUACCACACGGGCUGCUUUGUGAGCCGGCGUGAGGCGCUGGUGUUCAAGCCCGAGUACACCGCACCUCAACUCAAAGGCUUCGCCGCCCUGCGUGCCGAGGACCAGGAAGAGCUGAAGAAGAGACUCCCAGCGGUCAAGACUGAGGGGAAAAGGAAAGCCGACUCUGUUGAUGGAGACAGCGUCUCUAAGAAGCAGAAGAAAGAGGAGGAAGAGGAGAAAAAAAAGCUGGAGAUGAAGCUGAAGGAGCAGACCCAGCUGAUUUGGGGAAUCAAAGACAAGCUGAAGAAAUACUGUUCAGUCAAUGACAUGAAGGAGCUUCUGAUCGCCAACAGCCAGGAAGUUCCUGCAGGAGAAUCCAACAUCUUGGACCGUCUGUCAGACUGCAUGGCGUUCGGAUCGCUGAAACCCUGCGAGACAUGUCAGGGUCAGCUCGUGUUCAAGAGCGACGCCUACUACUGCACAGGAGACAUCUCAGCCUGGACGAAGUGUGUGGUCAAGACUCAGACGCCUAACCGCAAAGACUGGGUCACUCCGAAGGAGUUUCAUGAAAUUUCCUUCCUGAAGAAGUUUAAGUUCAAGCGUCAGGACCGUGUUUUUCCUAAAGAGCCUCUCGCUACUCCAGCUGCUGCUCCUGCAUCGUCCACGGCCGCUUCGGCUUCUGCAUCUGCUGCUUCCAGCUCCAGUUUUCCCACCGAGCUCCCUACUGAAGUGCCUGCAGAUAAACCUCUGACCGGGCUGAAGGUGCUGGCUGUGGGGAAGCUGAGCAAGAACAAGGACGAGCUGAAGGCUGUGGUGGAGGAGCUGGGAGGAAAAAUCACUGGGACGGUUAACAAAGCCACAUUCUGCCUCAGUUCCAGGAAGGAGGUUGAAAAGAUGACCAAGAAGAUGGAGGAGGUGAGGGACGCCGGCAUUCGAGUCGUUUCUGAAGAAUUCCUCACUGAUAUUAAGUCUUCAGGGAAAGCCCUUAGAGAGCUCAUCUCCCUGCACGGCAUCUCGCCCUGGGGCGCCGAGGUCAAACUCGAGGCCCAGGCUUCAUCAGUGGCCACAAAGUCCAGUGGAGCCUCCAAGAGCUCAGGGAGAGUCAAAGAGGACGAGGGUAGCAGUAAAUCAAAGACGAUGAAGCUAACGGUUAAAGGUGGAGCAGCAGUAGAUCCGGACUCAGGUCUGGAGGACUGUGCUCAUGUGUUGGAUCAGAAUGGAAAGAUCUACAGUGCUACUCUGGGGUUGGUGGACAUCGUCCGGGGAACAAACUCCUACUACAAACUCCAGCUUCUGGAGGACGACGUACAGAAACGGUACUGGGUGUUCAGGUCCUGGGGUCGAGUAGGAACCACCAUCGGAGGAAACAAGCUGGAGAAGUUUUACGACAAGAACUCAGCCAUGGAUAACUUCCGUAGCGUGUAUGAGGAGAAGACGGGGAACUGCUGGACCUCGAGCAGCUUCACCAAAUAUCCCAACAAAUUUUAUCCUCUCGAGAUUGAUUAUGGGCAGGAUGAGGAAGCAGUGAAGAAGCUGACAGCCAGCAGCGGCACCAAGUCUCGCCUCGCUAAACCAGUACAGGAGCUCAUCCGCAUGAUCUUCGAUGUGGAGAGCAUGAAGAAGGCCAUGGUGGAGUUUGAGAUUGACCUGCAGAAGAUGCCUCUGGGGAAACUGAGUAAGAGACAGAUUCAGAGUGCGUACUCUCUCCUCACUGAGGUUCAGCAGGCUGUGUCCGAUAACGCUUCAGAGGCCCUGAUCCUGGACCUGUCCAACCGUUUCUACACCCUGAUACCUCACGACUUCGGCAUGAAGAAACCUCCGCUGCUGAAUAACCUGGACUACAUUCAGGCUAAAGUGCAGAUGCUGGACAACCUGCUGGACAUCGAGGUGGCGUACAGCCUCCUGCGCGGCGGAGCGGAGGACAACAAGAAAGACCCGAUCGACAUCAACUACGAGAAACUCAGGACUAAGAUCGAGGUGGUGGAUAAAUCAUCCGAAGAGGCUCAGAUUAUUCAGCAGUAUGUGAAGAACACGCAUGCCGCAACGCACAACACCUACACUCUGGAAGUAGAAGAGAUCUUUAAGAUCGAGAGAGAUGGUGAGUUCCAGCGUUUCCGCCCCUUCAAAGAUUUACCCAACCGCCAGCUCCUGUGGCACGGCUCACGCACCACCAACUACGCCGGCAUCCUGUCUCAGGGUCUGCGCAUCGCCCCGCCCGAGGCUCCCGUGACAGGUUAUAUGUUCGGUAAAGGUGUGUACUUUGCUGACAUGGUGUCUAAGAGCGCAAACUACUGCCACACCUCCCAAGCGGACCCCGUAGGCCUGAUUCUGCUAGGAGAAGUCGCUCUCGGCAACAUGCAUGAACUUAAAAAGGCUUCACACAUUACAAAGCUACCGAAAGGGAAACACAGCGUCAAGGGUUUGGGAAGGACCGCCCCCGAUCCUGGUGCCACUGUGUCGUUUAAGGGAGUGGACGUGCCACUGGGCAAAGGCGCCAAUACCAACAUCGAUGAUACGAGUCUGCUUUACAACGAGUAUAUCGUGUACGAUGUUGCUCAGGUGAACCUGAAGUACCUUCUGAAACUCCGCUUCAAUUAUCAGACGUCCCUCUGGUGAGAGAGCGAGACGUACCUGCGACCCCGAUCUCCACGCCGCCGUCAGUUCCUGAUGAAGAACCCGAUCUCCACAGCAGCGUCAGCUAACUGCAGUACAGCCAUCAAGACCGAGGAGAGACCGAGCUCUCCUGUCUUUUAUUCACUUCUGUCGAUUUCUCCGCUUUAGUCUUCAGCACGGGAUAAAUAAUACAAGUUCUCUUGCACUGUAAACAGUCUAGUAAAUGCUCUCUAUGUGACUUGUAUUGUUCUGUCUAUUAAAGAGAUGUACAGCCAUUGGAUUUAAUCGAAUUUCAGGGGUUUUCGUGGAGAUCCUACCAACAGUAUUAGGUAGAACUGUCUUCCAUUAGUUUUCUAGACUUUUUUUUCCCUCAUGUUUAGGCAUGUUAUCUUGAAUUUAUUUUUUUUGCAAAGUCUGAUCCUUAUACGCUUUUGUUUUCUUUAGCGAAAACAGACCAACAUACUGUACAGUUUUAGUACUGAAUGCUUUCUUUGUACGUUAGAUUUGAUUGCUUAAAGAACGGAUGGAUCUUUUACUAGGAUUCCUAGUAUUAGGGCUUUUAGAAACGACAAACGUAUGUAUACGCUUUCUGUGUACGUCACAGAUUUUGUUUUUUCUUUCUGACUUUAACAAGGUGUGAACGCUCAAACCGGUUCAUUUUCAAAACUGAAUUAAUGGAAAGAAGAAAUUGCGUUUUUCUCUCUCUCUCUUUAAUUCUUUUCUUUGUAGAUCACCACCUUGCCAGGAUGAUCUCUGAUUGUAAGAUGGUUAAAUGUUUCUGUUUUGUUUCAAUAACUUGGAUAUAUGAAUAAAAGCAGUACUUUGGCCUGUUA